ACCGCAAUUUCGCCAAGACAGCGCUCGGACCUAGCGCGGGAAAGCUACGCGCCGCCGCCCUCCGUUAAGUACCCCCUUGGUCUGGGGCUGGCCUUUGCCGGGCGGCAGGCGUGGCGGACCGCGAUGCUAGGGCGCGCUCCCCUCCUUGGGGCUGGAGGGCUUCUGGGCGGCCUGUGGGUCUGGGUGCUGGGCAGCCUUUGCAGUAUAGGGGCCGGGAUCUGGGUGUCUCCGGGAACCCAGCGCCCUUGCCAGGCGCCGCAGCAGUGGGAGGGGCGCCAGGUGAUGUACCAGCAGAGCAGCGGGCUCAACAGCCGCGCCCUGCUCUCCUACGACGGGCUCAACCAGCGCGUGCGGGUGCUGGACGAGAGGAAGGCGCUGAUCCCCUGCAAGAGAUUAUUUGAAUAUAUUUUGCUCUAUAAAGAUGGAGUGAUGUUUCAGAUUGAACAAGCCACCAAGCAGUGUUCCAAGAUUACCCUGACAGACCCCUGGGACCCUCUUGACAUUCCUCAGAACUCUACCUUCGAGGACCAGUACUCCAUAGGGGGGCCCCAGGAGCAGAUCACCGUCCAGGAAUGGUCAGACAGAAAGUCAGCUAGAUCGUAUGAAACCUGGAUUGGCAUUUAUACAGUCAAGGAUUGUUAUCCGGUUCAGGAAACCUUCACCAAAAAUUACAGUGUAAUAUUGUCCACACGAUUUUUCGACAUACAGCUGGGUAUUAAAGACCCCUCGGUGUUUAUUCCCCCGAGCACGUGCCAGACGGCCCAGCUAGAGAGGAUGAACCAGGACUGUGUGUGAUAAGCCUGUGAAUGCAGGAAUGACAGCAUCAGGCAUCAACACUGACGGCCUUAGCUCAAAACGGAUUUGAACCUGAGAGAUGAAAAUCUUCUUUGGAGAUAAACGUUGAUGUGGGUUGUUUUGUUUUGUUUUGUGCACAUAUGAUGUUGGCUACUCAAGCUAAUCAAGAUGGAGACAAUGUGGUAAUAUGAACUAAAAAGAUGAACAUGGGGUUUUGGUGUAGCCUAUCUGGGUGCUGUGCUUUCUGUGUGUGCAUGUAUAUAUAAGGUGUGGUGGCUUACAUAGGGCUGAGAGUCAGUGGGAGCAGUUUGCCUUGGCAGGGAAGAAUGUUUUAUUUACUGAUGUUAUUGAGAAUCACCAGAUUCCUGGUACCUGGUGAUAAUAAAAAACAACAAUUUUG